GAAUUCCUGGAGGUUCCGCACAAGAUCCGGUCGGCAUGCCGAGUAAUGAACGACCAAAGCGUCCACUUGGGGAUAGAAAAAUAGGAGGGCAACAACCAUCGCCGCCAUCUACCUUAAAUAACCAACAACCACUUCCGCAACAACCGCCUCAACCACAUCAAAAUGCUGGACAUUCCAUAGAGCAAGCUCCCCCCGGCUCCAUCGGCUGCCCACCUACCUGA